AUGGGUCUUCUUGUCGAUGGUAAACCUCUCAGCUGGGAAGCUACCGAGCUUCUCGCAGAGCACAUCUGGAGCCACGGAAUCACGCAGUUCCUCAAGAUCUGGGACAGAACUAAAGGCAGAGUCUGCCACGAGUUCCUCUGGGGUGAUGAGAUUGAGUACAUGGUAGCAGCACUGGAUGAUAAGAACGCCGCUAUCAACAAGUUUGCUUUUCGGAAGGAUAUUUUUCCUCCCAAAGGUUCUCUUGACUCUGAGAGCACAGCCGAUAUACAAGAGAUGAGCUUGGACAAAAUCAUCAAUGGCGAUGGAGGCGCUUUCCCUGGAUUGAUGGGUGCUGUUGAAGGAUACCUCAGAAUUGUUGGUGCAGACGAGGAUGCGAUGGAUGGGAUCAGUAAAUACCUCGAGCUCAUCAAGCUUCGGGCCAAGGGUGGGCUUUGCGAGCGAUUUGCCCACUCCGGCCACUUGGAUCUCAUCACCUCUCGCCCGGCUUACAAGCAAGACUCUAUUGUCAGCGACGAAAUGAACUACCACCUCAUCAAGAACCAUCCAUGA